AUGGACGACCUCAGUAGGGAUCUGCUCAACGACAUGGCGGGAUCCUUGGGCAUGGACCUCAAAGGAGACGAUGGCGUGAUGAUGACCGACAUAGUAGUGGAGUGUUUCAAUCCUGCGGACGAGAACGCAAAUCCAAAUCUCCUGGACCUUAUAUUCACGAGGAACGACCAGGGGGACAAGGAGACGAUCAGGGAGCAGUUGAUCUCGCAGGCGCUCGAGGGAGCGUUGCAGGCUGCAGAACAACGGGUGCAGGCUGCAGAGGAGCGCGCCCUGGCGGCGGAGUCAGCAGCAGCGAGCGCAGGCGCCGCCGCGAGCAGGCCCGUGGCAGCGGCGAGGGCCGCGCCUCAGGAUCUGGUGGACACUCGGCUUCUGGCGAAGCCGAAGGCGUUCGGAGGCAACGAGGACGAGUGGCCAGGGUGGAGCUUCAAGAUGCUCGCAUACCUCGGAGCUCUCGACGAGCAGAUGGCCAACGAGCUGACGGCGGCCAUGACGUUCCCGCUGGAGGAAGUGAGGAACGCGAGACUCCUGGAGGAGGGAGCGAGUCAGCGCAGUCGCCAGCUGUACUUCAUCCUCGUCCUGCUGCUGGAAGGAGCCGCACUACAGCUCAUCAAGCCAGUCGGCGUCGGAGAAGGGUAUCGGGCGUGGAGGACGUUGCAAGACAUGUACGAGCCCGACAGACCAGGUCGCCAUGCAGGACUGCUGCAAGAGCUGAUCGCGUUCCAGUUCCCAGAGGACAACAUCGUGGGGAUGCUGGCGGACUUCGACUUCAAAGUCACGAAGUACGAGAGCCAGAGCCACGAGAGGAUUGGGGACAGGAUCAAGAUGGCGAUCCUUCAGCGGGGGAUUCAGGACGAGGCUCUUCGAGCGCACCUGGUCCACAACGCGUCGAGGCUAGUCACGUGGGAGCUCAUGCGCAACGAAGUGCACAUGGUGAUCUCGACGAGGAGCGCCAUCUCAGCAGUGCCGCCACCAGUUCCGAUGGACACGAGCGCGGUGGAGAAGGCGAGGCGCGAGGCGGCGUGGAAGGGCAAAGGAAAGAAGGGCAAGGAAGGCAAGGGCAGGAAGGGCAAGGGCGGCGACAACUCCACGGACCAGAAGAGCCAGGCGGCCAAGGACAGGGCCGAGAAACGAUGCUUCCACUGCCACAAGACAGGUCACGUCAAGAGCGAAUGCAGGAAGUUCCUCGCAGAGCAGAAGAAGAAGAAGGGCACCAACGCAGUCGAGCAGGAGUCGAAGCCGACGGGAGCUCCACCAGCGGCGAGCGCCGCGGGGAGCGCGGCGCCAGUGAUGGCGAUCGCAACCGAGAGCGGGGCAGAGCCAUUGUGGUGCCUCGCGAUCGAGCUGGGAGAAGGGCGGCCAUCCUUGGUCGGAGCCAGCCCGAUCGAGCGGCUGAGCCCGCCAGAGGCGUCAAACGAGCACGCGCAGCCGAGGCAGCCAUUCUUGGUCGGGGCCAGCCCGAUCGAGCAGCUGAGUCAGCCAGGGGCAGCAAACGAGCACGAGACGUUCGAGAGCAAGGAGAUCAUCGGUAUCAAUGAGCACUGGGUCAUGGUGGACUCGGGUGCUGCACGAUCGGUGUGUCCGCCGAGUCACGGGGCCCACGAGACACUCAGAGACCUGAGCGAGCACAUCAGGCUGGUCGGAGCGAGCGGCGACGACAUCCCGUGCCACGGCGAGCGCUUCGUCACGUACGCGAAGGGCGGGCACAAGAUCGGGGUGGACUACAAGGUCGCCGACGUCAAGAGGCCGGUGCUGGGCGUGUCGCAGGCGGUCGACAAGGGCACGUCGUGGGUAUUCACGCCGAGCGGGAGCUACAUGAUCCCGAAGCCGAUCGAGUUCUCGGACCCAGACGCCGUGCCGCUGGUCAGACGCAACGACUUGUUCUACCUCAAGAUGGACAGGUACGGUGAAGGCGUCAAGAACUCGCUCGUCAUGCCGCCAGCAGCGCAGGCAGUGCUCGAGGAGUCCGUGCCAGUUCGAGUCAAGAAGGAUCCAGUGAAGCCAAGCCUGGCCGAGCAGAGGACGCACGAGCUGGUGCACAUCCCUGCGAGGUCCUGGUGUUGGGUGUGCGUCAGAUCCAAGUUCACGGACGACCCGCACUACAAGGACGGGCACGAGCGCACAGGCGACGAGGUCCAGAUCGACUACUACUUCCUGGGCCAGCUGAGCAUCCUCAACAUGGUGCAUAUGAACUCCCAGGCUAUUCAUGGCAUCAUGGGGCCGAAGGGUACCGACGCCUACAUGGUCAAGACAGCGGUCGCCACCAUCGAGAACUGGGGGCUGGAUCGCAUCGUGCUGAAGCACGACCAGGAGGCGUCGAUCACGGCCCUGGCGAGGGAGAUCAAGGCUCAGCGGAAGGCGCCCACGAUGAUCGAGUCGGCUCAGCGGGCUAACCAUCAGGGAGUUGGUGGAGUGGAGCGCGCCAACGAGGAGCUCGGCAAGCAGAUCAGGGCGCUACUGUUCUCGGUGGGCGACAACUACAAGCGGGAGCUCCCAGCCGAGCAUGGGCUUCUACCUUGGCUCAUUCGGCACGCUGGCUGGCAGCUCAACCGCUUCACGGUGCACGGCAACGGCAAGACGACCUACGAGGUACUCAAGGGGAGGCCAUAUCGGGGCGAGCUCGUCAACUUCGCGGAGUGCGUUUGGGCGAGGGACCCCACGCCGACCUCCAAGCUGCAGCCUCGGUGGCACGCGGCGGUGUGGCUGGGCAAGACAGAGGUUUCGGACGAGCACCUGGUGGCGGGUCCGACGCGCACGACAAGGGUACGCACGGUGAGACGGCGGCCGGAGGGCGAGCGGUUCGUGCUGGAGGAGCUGGACAAGUUCGCUGGGGUGCCGUGGGACAUGCACCGGGCUCCACAGAUCGGCAUCGUGCCGACGGGAGCGCCCCAGGUGGAGCCGAACCAGCAGCGGCUGCUGCCGCCACCUCCGCCACCGACAGUGGUCUUGCCAGCCGCGGGCCCGGAGGCGCUGGUGCCACCAGCGAUGGUCGGGCCGGCGCCGCCCGCGGGGCCAGGAGGCGCAGGGCUGAGGUCGACGUACAUCACGAGAGCGCUGAUCGACAAGUACGGCUGGACCCCCAUGUGCCCGAGGUGCGUCACAGGCAUGGGAUCGCACAGCGAGGAGUGCCGGAAGAGGAUCGAGAACGAGCUGCGCAAGGAGGAGAUGGCCAGGGCAGCGGCGGAGGCCGCGCCCUCGUCGGCAGCGGCGGGGGCUGCGCCGACGCCGGCGGCGGCGGGAGCCGCGCCGGGGCCAGCGGCUGGGGCUGGAGACGGCAGGCCAGGAUCGUCCGGGGAUGCCAGCAUGGCGCCUCGCGACGACCAGGGCGAGGCGUCGGCGAAGAGGCCGCGCCAGACAGCGGCGAUCACAGUCGGGUCGCUCGCGGUCGGGGCCUUCGUGGAGAUCAAUCCCUGCACGUACGAGGGCCUGGACCAGCAGUCCCACGAGGAGCUCGAGACGGUCACGGAGAUCGAGAGCUGCGAGCCGCUGGAGAUUGGGAUGUUCGAGGUCAGCCCCGUCGAGCCGUCGGCGAUCACGGUCCUGCCAGACACGGAGAAGCACGUGUGCGACGCGAGGAGCGGGAAGGAGCUCCCCAGGGACCUGGUCAGGCGCGGGCGCGAGGCCGAGAUCGAGGAGAUGCGGCGACACGGCGUCUUCGAGGAGGUCCGCGUGGCCGAGAGCCGGGGCAAGCGCAAGAUCAGGUGGACGGGCAAGGGGUUCGUCUGGAUCGGCGACACGAAGCACGUGACGAGGUGCGUGGAGCUGCUGGGCCUUACGGAGUGCAAGCCAGCGGACACGCCUGGGAGCAAGGCCACGGGCAAGAGCGUCCGGGAGGCGCUGGACCCACUUCCACACGACGAGGCGAAGCUCUACCAGCAAGUCGCGGGGCUCGUCAACUACGUGGCGGUAGACAGGCCAGACAUCCAGUUCGCGGUGAAGGUGAUCCUCACAGACAUGGGGAAGCCCACAGUCAUCAGCAUGCUUAGGCUGAGGCGGUGCGUGCGGUAUCUCCACGGUCGGCGCGAGCUCGGGUGGUUCUACGAGAAGCAGGAGAUGCCCAAGGCGGUUCUCUACGAGACGGACUCGGACUGGGCGGAGGAUGAGAUCACGAGGAAAUCGACCAGCUCCGUGUACGGCUUCUUUGGCAGCCACCUCCUGGAGACCCAGGUGGCAUCGCAGCCCGUCGUCGCGCUCAGCAGCGGAGAGGCCGAGUUCUACGCCAUCGGCCGAGGCGCGGCGAGUGCGAUCAUGAUGCGGCAGUUCUACCAGCAGUGUGGCAUCGAGGUCGCGUCGAAGGUUCACAGCGACUCGAAUGCAGGCAGGGCGAUCGCGACGCGGAUCGGCAGUGGCAAAGUACGGCAUCUACAGAUACGAGACCUGUGGGUGCAGGAACGAGUCAGGCUCGGCGAGCUACAGCUCGGGCGAGUCGACACGGAGAGCAACAGGAGCGACUUGGGGACCAAGCAUCUGGACGGCAAGCGGGUGCUCAAGUUGCUGGAGAUGUCCAACCUGCGGCUUCUGACCAAGGGGCUCGCCGCGGGCAUGGGCGUCACUUUCACGGAGGCGGCCGAGUACGGAGACAAGCAGUGCUCCACGGCCGCUGACGACGAGGUCGAGUCGAACAUCGGCUCGAUCGUUCUCGCCAUGAUCGUGUUCAUCAUCGUGCUGGUGCUCGCGGUCAAGGGCGCAGUUGUGUGCACGAGAGGGGCGGUGCAGCUCUUCUCAUCUAGGGCGGCGAGUGCUGCCCCACCAGCGGGAGCGGCGAGGGCUGCCCCGCAGGCCGACGGCACGGCGAGGCCCGAGGCGGCGUCGAAGGACGCGCCUGAGGGGCAUGUCGUUUCUCGGGCAGCGGCGAUAGCUGCGCCUGAGCGGGUCGCCGAAGGGCGAGACCUCGGUUCGGAGUACUUCGGGGAGAUGCUGGCUGAGGCCACCGUGGCAGAGCUCAAGGAGGAGCUCAGGUGGCGGAAGCUGCCAGUGAGCGGCUUGAAGGCGGACCUCAUCGUCCGUCUGACGAGGGACGGCGGCCAGCACAUCAGCAGUGAGGGGCUGGCUGCAGCGGCAUGGGCCGCGCGGCUGGUUCCAGGCAGGAUGCCUAUCCGAGCGUUCCGCUCGGAUGCGAGUUUAGGCUCGCACCUAGGCGCGCUUCUCAGCAGCACGGGGUAG